AGCGGAUGUGACGCAGCAGCAGGAGUGUGACCCGAGGAACCUCAAACAUGCGUCAAUCCCGAAAAAACAAACUCCACCAAAUAUCGGAUUAUUAUCACAAACAGUAAUUCCUACCUCAAAACCUAUUCAUGCUAUAAAUCAAGGAUAUAAUAAAUCAGAUAAUCCAGCAGGGACUCAUGUGUUUGUCUUGUGGAACCCUGUAUAAUCCAGCACCCCUCCAUGGAUUAAGCGCAGAGAAAAGCUGAAUCCAAUCAUUCUGCUCGAGGAGGGUCGCGGCACCGGUGCAACAUGCCCCUUCCGUUCGGAUUAAAGCUCAAGAGAACCAGAAGAUACACGGUGUCCAGCAAAAGCUGCCUGGUGACCCGCAUACAGCUGCUCAACGCUGAAUAUGUGGAGUUCACGCUUUCGGUGGAAAGCACGGGACAGGAAUGUCUGGAGGCAGUCGCGCAGAGACUCGAGUUACGGGAGAUAACGUAUUUCAGCCUCUGGUACUUCAACAAACAAAACCAGCAGAGAUGGAUUGAUUUGGAGAAGCCGCUGAAGAAACAGCUUGACAAGUAUGGGCUGGAGCCAACCGUUUACUUUGGGGUGGUGUUCUACGUGUCGUCUGUUACCCAGUUACAACAAGAGAUAACCAGAUAUCAGUAUUAUCUCCAGCUGAAGAAAGAUGUUCUGGAGGGGAAGAUCCCGUGCUCCAUUGAGCAAGCCAUUCAUUUGGCCAGCUUGGCUGUGCAAGCUGACCUUGGAGACUUCAAUCGAUAUGACUCCCAGGAAUUCCUUCAAAAAAUUGUGCUUUUUCCAAUGCCAUGGAUACAGGACGAGAGGGUUGUGGAAGAGGCCACCCAGAAAGUCUCCAUGCUCUAUCAGAACUACCGAGGUCUGUCCGCACCGGAGGCGGAGUUACUCUACAUGCAGGAGGUGGAGAAGAUGGAGGGGUACGGUGGGGAGAGUGUCCAAGCAAAGGAUGCUCAGAGCGCAGAUGUGAUUAUCGGCUCUUGUCUGGACGGGAUUUUUGUCAAGCACAAAAAUGGGAAAGCAGCUCUCAUGUUUCGGUGGAAUGACAUAAAUAAUAUGACUCAUAAUAAGUCUUUCUUUGCCCUGGAGCUUGCCAACAAAGAAGACACAAUCCAGUUCCAGACCGAGGACAUGGAGACGUCCAAAUAUGUAUGCAGAAUGUGGCUGGCGCGGCACAAGUUUUACAAAAUUAACAACAGCAGUCUAGAGCUGUCUGACGGCCCAAACUCUGAGGGCUCCCAGAGGUCCAUUCUCUCUCUUUCUUUUCCUCGUUUUCCAAACCUCUCUCGUCCCUCUGUUCCUGCUGACAAGGGACAAACACAGCCCGCUCCUGUAAACACAGUGAGGCGACGGUCCUCGACGAGAAUGUCUCUGCCAAAACCACAACCCUACAUGAUGCCACCUCAGAUGCAUUUUAACGGCCAUUACACCGAACCGUACACAUCUUCACAAGAUAAUCUUUACAUCAACAACCAGAAUGGUUUCUACUACCAUUCCCAGACCAGUCUGGACCGCUCUCCGCACGAGUACAACGGCCGGAUCCGUAACGGCAGCGUUUACAGCGCCCAGAGCACCAGCUCCCUCAACAACCCGCAGCACUACCUGCAGCCGUCGCCCAUGUCGUCCAACCCCAGCAUCACAGGAAGUGACCUCAUGCGACCCGACUACGUGCCUUCCCACCGGCACAGCGCCCUGAUCCCGCCGUCCUACCGCGCCACGCCCGAUUACGAGACGGUCAUGAUGCAGAAGAACCUCGGGAUGAUCCCGCCGGCCGAGCGCCAGAGCCACUCCAUGAGGAACCUCAACAUCGGCAACUCGUACGCCUACAGCCGGCCCGACCCACUCGUGUACAGCCAGCCGGAGAUUCGCGAGCACGGCGCGGGCCAGUACCCCUUCCACCUCAACUACAGCUUCCACAGCCCCUCCCCGUACCCCUAUCCCACCGAGAGACGACCCGUCGUGGGCGCCGUCAGCGUCCCCGAGCUCACCAACGUCCAGCUCCAGCAGGCGCAGGAAUAUCCGCCGCCCAACAUCAUCAGGAAUCAGGUUUAUUGGCCGCCGCCGCCGUAUCCCUACCCUCACCCUCGACCCGCCAACAGCACCCCGGACUUGUCCCGCCAUCUCUACGUCAGCAGCAGCAACCCGGAUCUGAUCACGCGCCGCGUCCAUCACUCGGUGCAGACCUUCCAGGAGGACAGCCUGCCUGUGGCGCACUCGCUGCAGGAAGUGAGCGAACCGCUCGUCACGAUCCGGCGGCCUCACAUGCACAAGCGCAACUCCAUCGAGAUCGCCGGUCUGGCGUACGGCCUGGAGAACAUGAGGCUGAAGGAGAGGAAGGUAUCCGCAUCCGCGGCUGAGACCCCGCCCCCUGUUGCCCAGGCGAUGCCGCCUACAGCAUCCGGCUCCGACAUUAACGUCGUCCUGGAGGUUACGAAGCCCGAGGAUGCAGUCAUCAAGGAGGAUGUCAUCUAUGGCCACAAAAAAUCCCUGUCCGACGCCACGAUGCUGGUGCAUAGCAGCGGUGAGGAGGAAGAGUUCGAAGACGACAGCGGCCGACACACACCCCAGUCUCAGGAUGCAGUGGGUGGGCCCGAGCAUCACAUGACGCCGAUGGGACGGCCCCUCGUAGAUCCGCCCGCUUAUCCCUUCAGCCACAGUAUGGAGACGGUCCUGACAGGCCCUCUGGCGUACCAGCCCCAUCCCAUCAUCUGCAAUCCAGAGGACCUGGGGCAGCUGCCGCCUCUGCGAGAGCCCGGACACAUGGUGCCUUCAGUGUCAGAGGGCGAUCUGAGCGGACAGGGACGCUUGAGACAGAAGAGAGACGUAUUUAAGAGACCCGUCUCUGACGUGCCACCUGCCAGAAGGAAUAUCGAUGGUCUUCCACCGGCGUGUAAGAUACUGGAGCAGCGCAUGGAGCAGGGGAUGGUGUUCACCGAGUAUGAGCAGGUGCCUAAGAAGCGGCCCAACUGUGAGUGCACCAUCGCUCUGAUGCCCGAGAACAGCGACAGGAACCGCUUCCGGGACGUCCUGCCCUACGACGACACGCGUGUGGAGCUGGUGCCCACCAAAGAGAACAACACGGGCUACAUCAACGCCUCGCACAUCAGGGUUACGGUCAGAGGUAAAGAGUGGAGUUAUAUCGCGUCUCAGGGUCCGCUCUCCAGCACCUGCCAAGACUUCUGGCAGAUGGUUUGGGAACAAGGAGUCGCUAUCAUCGCAAUGGUUACAGCGGAGGAGGAAGGGGGUCGUGAGAAGAGUUUCCGCUAUUGGCCUCGUCUGGGCUCUCGCCACAACACUGUUACAUACGGGCGAUUUAAGAUCACCACGCGCUUCCGCACGGACUCUGGGUGCUACGCCACAACGGGCCUGAAGAUCAAACACCUCCUCACGGGACAGGAGCGAACCGUCUGGCACCUGCAGUACACGGACUGGCCCGACCACGGCUGCCCGGAGGACUUUAAAGGCUUUCUCUCGUACUUGGAGGAGAUCCAGUCUGUGAGGCGACACACCAACAGCACCAGCGAUCCAAAGAACACAAACCUGCCGGUCUUGGUGCACUGCAGCGCAGGGGUGGGACGCACUGGUGUGGUCAUCCUGUCUGAGAUCAUGAUAGCUUGUCUGGAACAUAAUGAGAUGCUGGACGUCCCGACUGUUCUGAACUUGCUGCGGCAGCAACGCAUGAUGAUGGUACAGAUGCUUUCACAGUACACCUUCAUUUACAAAGUCCUCAUUCAGUUCCUGAGAAACUCCAGACUGAUCUGAGACCAGCGCUGGCACAGGGGUCCCACGAGCCUCUCACAACCCCUCAGUCCCCGCCGGAGCGGCGACAGCGCGGCUUCGCUUCCUCACAGUGUUAGUGACGGGGCAAGUAUGAAGGACGUUGCGCCGCACUCUGUUUUACCAGUAUUAUUCACAGAUUUCACUGUGGGCUUGUUACACGGAUGUCAGUCCCAGCACUUUUAUUUUGCUGUACAUAGACGCGAAUGACGCAGCUCUCUUAUUUAAUACAAUACGCUGAACUGCAGUGGUUCUUUUAUACCGGGUGGGAUUUUAUUAGUUUACGCAUGAAGGUUUAAUGAGCCAAAAUGAAAAUAGCGGACAGUGUUUUAAAGACGUGUGACAAGGUGAACUUCAAUAAUAGAUGAAUCUCACGAAAAGCCCAAAUUUGGUGUCACAAUGUGCUUGCAGUUUUGCUGAAAUGCAAAAAAGGCUUGCUUUUCAGUAUGCAAAAUAUCUAAAUGCUCAUUUCUUGUCAUGAGAUUCACCCAUUUGCAUCAUGGGACGUCCAGUGUUACACGGCAUGUUAAAGUGAAGCUGUUGCUUGAGAUUUUACCAUUUAACCCCACGAACGGGUUUCACCGAUCAAACGCGUCUCAAGUUUGAAUGCAGCCAAACACAGAAGGGUUUAUUUUCUGAUCGCAGACGCAACCUAUAAAUAAUUUACAGUAUAUAUUAAAAUUGCAUAUGAAAACUGUAUUCUACAUAUAAUAAUCAUUAAGGCUUUCUCGUUGCGUUAGGGAUGAUUUUGCAUUUUUCCAGCUCUUGCCACAUUUCCACCAGCAUUCAAUAACCUGACACACCAAAGAGCGUCACAAACUCGACUUCUGCUUUGGAGUGAACAAUACUGUGGGUUUAUUGUGAACGGUUUGUGACCUCAUUAUCUUAAACACACCAGCUAUGAUGGUUUAGCAAAGAGUUUUCACCAUAUGGAGUUCUUUAAGUCUUAAAACACUGUGAAACUGCAUUAUCCAUUCUGUUUUCGGAGGAUCUGAAGGAGCAGAAUGUGCCAUAGCAAAUCAUUUGGACCUUUUGCGUUUGAAUUUGCAGUUUGAAUUGCAGUCAGGUCGUUAUGUAUGAUAAAGCAGUGCAGAUUGAUGCUACAUUCCACCGUAAUGGUGCUGUUGCAUGCUCUUAAAGGAAUAGUUCACCCAAAAAUGUACAUUUACCUAAAAUGUACUGAAUUUGGAGAAGUCCAUCACUUGCUCACCAAUAGAACCUCUGCAGUGAAUGGGUGCCGUCAGAAUGAGAGUCCA